AGGAAAAUAUAUCAAGCAGAGUUUGUGAGCUAAAUUGGGAGAUAUGGCAAGAUUAGUUGAGGCAGUGCUAGCGGUGUUGUUGCCAUGUUUGAUUGUAACCGCCAUGGGUGAGCAGUGCGGAAGCCAAGCUGGUGGGCAGUUAUGCCCAAACAACCAGUGCUGCAGCCAGUACGGUUGGUGCGGCAACACGGAGGACUAUUGUUCGUCCUCCAAGGGCUGCCAGAGCAGAUGCUGGGGUCCCACCCCUACUCCGGGCGGUGAAAGCGCGUCAAAUGUAUACGCCUCCUAUCACUACUACCGGCCGGAGCAGGUCGGGUGGGACUACAGCGGCACUUACUGCGCCACCUGGGACGCCGGUAAAUCAUUGGCAUGGCGCAGUAAGUAUGGCUGGACAGCCUUCUGUGGCCCUGUUGGACCUCGCGGUCAAGCUUCAUGUGGAAGAUGCCUUCGAGUGACAAAUUCAAGGACUGGAGCUCAGCAAACAGUGAGGAUUGUGGAUCAGUGCGCCAACGGAGGGUUGGAUUUGGACUGGGGCGUGUUCAGCAAAUUGGACACCGAUGGUGUUGGAUACCAACAGGGUCAUAUGACCGUGAGCUAUCAGUUUGUGGAUUGUGGGAAUGAGCUUGAGUUGUCCAAACCUUUACUUUCCAUCAUCGAUGCUGCUUAAACAAUCAAAUGCUAAAUCUUCUGCUUAAUAAUUGCUGUGUGAGAGUGAUAUGAGACUAGCUAGGAUCUUUCCAUUUGGAAAGAAAAUCUUACUCAUGUCACGUGCUCUGAAUAAAUUGAACUUUUGUAAUGGAUUUGGUUAUGCUUAAUGACCAUGAAAAUUCAUAUAUAUGUUCAUCGAUCA